AAUGUAAAUUGAACAAUUAGAAGAAGAGGAACAUUCAAUAUAAGCAUUAAGAGCUAAAUACAAGGCUAUGAUAUCAGUUUAGAUUCUAGAUAUUGUUAUUAGAUGUUUCAUUGGAAGCAUGUGGGCCUUAAUUACAUAUUCUUCUAUUCUAGGAUUCUUUAAAUUAUUUAGAAUUGUGUAUAAUUAAUAUAAGUACAACUAUUAUAAGGAUAAAUGGAUUAAAGAAGUAUCAUUAUAUGAAGAUGAAGAUUGCAUUAAUGAAACAAAUGAGAAAUACAAAAAAAUAAUAAUCCAUUAUCAUGAUCGUUUAGAAAAAUAUGAUUAAAAAUUAUAAAAAGGUUUAUAUAGAUAUUCAUUUUUAAUUGUGCUUGUAUUUGGAAUGAAUAUAGCAUGGUGGUUUUUUGAUUACAUGAGAUCAUGUAUGGGUUAUGGGUUUGUGGUAUUUAUAAUUUAUCAAACUUAUUGCUUUUUGGAUAGAAAAUAUAUUUAACCAUAUUUUGAAAGACGUGAACAUGAAAAAGAAAAAUAAAGAUUAGAUGCAGAAAUUGCAAAAAAUAAGAAACAAAACUGA